AUGAUCUCCCCAUCCGCACUCAAAGAGAACAACUCAAGUGCCACUAAUUUCAGCCUCGUAAACAACGAGACUUCCUAUGGAGGAUUUGUAUGCAACGGGCGCUUUACGUGGUUCAGUCAUGGCCCAAUGAUUCCAUUCUGCGUUCUGAUCAUCGCUUCUAACAUUGUCGUCAUAGCAUUAGUGUAUUGGAAAGAAAGCUUACGCACUCUUACCAAUAUCAUCCUCGUAUCGCUGGCCGUAUCAGACUUAAUGUCAGGGUUAGUGGGUAUCCCAUUACUUUUCGCCUGCGCUGUCACCAAGACACUGGGUGCUUGCAUCGCAUCUGCCCUAUUCAUGCGCUUCACGACCGUUUCAACAGUGCUCCAUUUCGUGUUGGUCGCCUCUGAUCGCUAUGCCAUGAUCACCUAUUCGAUGCGCUACAACACGCUCGUAACAAGAUCGCGCGUGGUAUGUGCUCUUCUAACAGUUUGGAUCACAUCCAUUGCCGUAUCCACGGUGCAGAUGACAUGGUACGACGUCAGUGAAAGCGUGAGAGAAAAGAAACGCGAAGACGAAGUUUACUUUUUUAUUUUCAUCAUAGUUUUUUUCGCUUUACCUUUGCUUUACAUGUUGUUUGUGUAUAGCCACAUUCUCUUUGUUUCUCUUCGUCUCCUCUUUGCAACCCGAGCACGUCGCACGAACUUGGGCGACGAACCCGUGCACUCUAUCAUGCGAGACUUGCGAGGAACAGCGAUUCUGAUCUCAAUGUUGGUCGUGUUCACGGGCUGCUGGCUCCCAUUUUAUCUUCUUAUACUACAAGAUCACGUUAAGGUGGAAAUAAUCCAAGUCUAUUCGUGGGAGCUGUGUGUGUAUAUGUUCAUGCGUUUUAUUCCGCCAAUGUCAAAUCCAGUGUUCUGUUCGUUUUGCAAACGCGAUUUCCGAAGAACAAUACGCACUUGGCUGAGUGCCCACGGAGUGAAGAUGUGCCGAAGAAAAGAUGAGUUCACUCGUGUAAGAUUCACUCGAAGUCAAUCAGACGGACUCACCGCUGGCUUCGUUAGGAAUGGGACAAGUUUAGAAACUUCACUGCAACGUUCUCCUUCACCAAGAAGCCUACGGGCAGCUAAACAAACCAUCACCAUAAACCAUUGA